CUUUGGAGGAGGAGAAGACAGAGAGAGAGCGGCGAUGGAGUCGACGGCGCUGAGCAUCGGCAAGGCCGUGCUGAGAGGAGCUAUUGGCUACGCCUCGUCCGCGGCGGCGGAGGAGGUGGCCUUGCAGCUCGGCAUCCAGGCUGAUCAUGCCUUCAUCAGGGACGAGCUCGAGAUGAUGCAGGCUUUCCUGAUGGCCGCGCACGAGGAGCCCGACGACAACAGGGUGGUCAAGACCUGGGUGAAGCAAGUCCGCGACGUGUCCUACAACGUCGAGGACUGCCUCCAAGAUUUCGCCGUCCGUCUGGAGGACUUGUCCUGGUGGCGCAUCCCCUGCACGCUGCUGGACCGGCGCAGUGUGGCCACGGAGAUGAAGGAGCUCAGAGCCCAGGUGGAGGAUGUCAGCCAGAGGAACACGCGCUACCGCCUCAUCAAGGGCUCUGGCUCCAGGCCUGCCACCACCGGGGGAAGCUCCAGCAUCCCUACUGAAGAGGUACUACUUCACAUCGCUGAAGCUACACGCACUACGCUGCAGGAAAAGAAGAAGGUUGAUCUCGCCCAAAUGGUCGCUGAUGAUGUAAGUGACCUUAGGACGAUCGCAGUGUGGGGAGCAAGCAGCGAUCUUGGGGUCACUUCCAUCAUUAGGGCUGCCUAUGACAAUCAAUAUGUGAGAGAGAAGUUCCAGUGCCGUGCUUGGGUACGGUUGACACACCCCUUCAAUCCAAGUGACUUCUUUGUGAGUUUGGUGAGGCAGUUCUAUGAAGAUUCGUAUGAAAAAACUGGGAAAGCAACAGAAGGAACAACCACUGGGCUGAAGGUUCUGGAGAAGAUGUCAGCACAAGAUAAUUUGGUUGAUGAGUUCAACCGCUACGUGACCGAGAAGAGGUGCCUAGUUGUUAUUACUGAUGUAUCUACCAUAGAAGAGUGGGACUGGAUCAAAACAUACUUCCCAAGAAAAAAUGGGAGCCGUAUUAUCGUGUCCACGCAGCAAUUUGAAGUUGCAAGCUUGUGCACCGAGAAGCCUUACUCCGUAUCAGAGAUAGAUCAGAAAUGGUCACUCGAUAAGGAUUUUUAUGUCUUCUACAAGAAGUUGGACGCUCCCACCAAAGAAUAUGACAAGCCCGAAUCUAGCUCAAAAGCUGAUAUUGGUACUGCUGAACCUGAUGGCAAGGAACAUGUACAGAAGCCUAGUCAUGAAAGUACAGUAGCAGUUGCUUUGGAGGAAGAUCAGCUUAUUGACCGGGCGGCAGCAAAAGCUAAAGUUGCCCAUUUAGUUGAUCAAGGUGGUCAGGUGAUCACUAUUUGUGGAAUGGGCGGACUUGGGAAAACCACUCUUGUGAGAAGUGUCUACCAACAAGAACUUGGUGAAAGGUUUCAGAGGCGUGCUUGGUUAACCAUGUCACGGUUCGCCAUGUCACGUUCUUUCAACUAUGAAGAAUUCCUUCGGGAUUUGUUCCACCAAUUACGUAGUGAUCACAAUGAAGAGAAAGAAUUUGCUGACCUGGAGAAAACACGAGACGAGACCAGUGGCAAAGAAAGCAAACCUGAAGCAAAUGAAGAACAUACUGAGACAAAGUUGACGAAGAUUUCAUCAGAGCAUAAAUGCCUCAUAGUUUUGGACGAUUUGUCAUCCUUUGUGGAUUGGACAUUGUUAAAGAAGCUCUUAUUGGGAAAUAUUUCUAACAGAAUCAUUGUCACCACACGAGAAUUGACUGUUGCUAAAUGUUGUUCUGUGGAAGAAAAUCAAAUAUACAAUCUUGAGUUGCUAAAUGAAGAGGAAGCUCUUGACCUAUUUAAAAAGAAGGUAUUCAAGGAUAUUAAGGAGAGAGAAAAUUAUCAUCGCAUUCCGGACCUGAUUGAGCAAGCAAAACUUAUACUGAAGAAAUGUGGUGGCCUCCCUCUUGCGAUAUCCACCAUAGGUAGCUACCUGGCAACCAAACCUAAAACUGCUAUGGAGUGGAGAAGUUUGAACAAACAUAUUAGUGCUGAGCUGGAGAUGAAUCCAGAGCUUGGGAUGAUAAAGACAGUCCUUACCACGAGCUAUGAUGGUUUACCUUAUCCUCUCAAGUUUCCGUUCUUGUAUUUGUCCAUUUUUCCUGCAAACAAUGGCAUUAGAUGGAAACGUUUGGUGAGAAGAUGGGUGGUAGAGGGUUACUCAAGGGGAAUACACAACAAGACUGCAGAGGAAAUUGGGGAGAGCUACAUCACAGAUCUUAUCAACAGGAGCAUGGUCCGACCAUCAUCAAAAGGGACAACCCAUAGAUCUGGAAGAGUUGGUUUUCUGGAAGUUCAUGAUUUAAUCCGUGAAGUUGGAACCUCAAAGUCAACAGAGGAAAAUCUUGUUUUUACACUGGAGGAGGGUUGCAACUUAGACAUCCAGGGUAAAAUUCGUCACCUUGCUGUAAGCAGUAGCUGGACAAGAGAUAAGAAUGCAUUUGAAAUUGCAUUUGACUUGUCUCACUUGCGAUCAUUAACAAUAUUUGGAGAGUACAAACCAUUUUUCAUUUCUGAUAAGAUGAGAUUACUCCGGGUGCUAGAUUUAGAAGACACAAAUGAUCUAACAAGUCACCAGCUGCAUCAAAUUGGGAAGCUUCGUCACCUAAACUACCUUUCUCUCAGAAGAUGUUAUAAAAUUUUACGUCUGCCAAAUUCGCUGGGCAAUCUGAGGCACCUACAAACACUGGAUGUGAGAGAUACUGGAAUAAUCAAUUUGCCAAGGUCAAUUACCAAGCUUCAGAAGUUACAGUAUGUUCGCGUGGGUUAUGUACCAGGGCAUGAUCACAAGCAAAGAGAAGAAUUUCAAUACAAUAUAUUUGCUAUGCGUGAAUGCAGUUUCUCUGUCGGGAACGUCAUCGAUGUCGAUGAAGGAUUGGGCUUGGGUGGCUACUUUUGCUACUGGUGGUGCUGGGCCUUCCGCGGCGUUCUCUUGUGCUUGCUGUGCAUGCUUGCUGGCGUAGGCUUCUUGUUGUUUGUCGCCUUAUUUAUCAUAGGGCGCUUCUCAUGGGUACUUAUGAAAGAUGGUUUUGAUGGGCUGCCUGUUGAGUUUAUGGGGCUAGAUCCAUAUGGUGUAAAGUUUCCAAGGGGAAUACGAAAACUCAAGUCCUUGCGCACACUGGGUGUUGUUAAUAUUGAUGCGGUAAGUUCCAUUAUUGAAGAUCUCCAAUAUCUUACUGACUUGCGCAAGUUGAGAGUGACUGGUCUCAAUAAGAAGAACUAUGUGAAGUUCUUCUGGGCCAUUGCCAAGCACAAAUGCCUUGAAUCUUUGUUGAUGCAGGCUGAGGGGGAGCCUAGUUUUUACGGGUGCUUGGAUGACUUGUCCUCACCUCCAAAAAACCUGCAGAGUCUCAAGCUGUACGGUAACCUGGUCAAAUUGCCGAAAUGGAUCCAUGGGCUCAAAGAUCUCGUCAAGCUGGAGCUAGGGAGCUCUAGGAUAUUGGAGCACAAUGAUGACAUACAAUCCCUUGGCAAGCUACCAAACUUGGCCAUUCUGCGUCUGUUGAAGGAGUCUUUCGUGGGUAAAGAGGUCCGCUUCGUUUUCCACCGGGAGGCAUUCCCAAGCCUGGUGGUGCUGAAGAUGGACCUCGUACCUAACCUCGGAUUGGUGAAGUUUGAAGAGGGGGCAACCCCAAAGCUUGAGCUGCUCCAGUUUCGUAGUUCAACUACCGAACCAACGGUUGGGCUGUUUUCUGGUCUAGCAUCUCUCACAAGCCUCAAAGAAUUUAUACUGCAGAACUGCAAUAGUGAAGACCUCGUGGAGGACCUGCGAUGCCAGCUCGCCAGGAACCAAAAUCAAAAUAGACCUGUAUUGAAGACGUUCCAAACUUGAAGCAGGGCCGCUCCAAGUCAUAAAAUACAUAGGAGAGGACUGGCUGUUCCUGAAGAGUCGACUGAUGGAGGGUGUUGCUGUCUUGCUGCUCCGUUUGGUGUAUCUCAAUUGAUAUGUAGCAUGAACUUCUCUUAGUACUAUUUCGCUAGCUAGAGCUAUCUCUUUUGAAUUGUCACUGCUUUGCGCUGCUGCUGGAUCAUCCGAAUUUCAUACAUUUGUCUCUAAAAUUAAUUGUGACUGUAAGUCUGCA